AUGCAGUCCUUAAAUUUAUCCUCCUCCAUGUUGUCGCGGUCUCCACCGCUGGUGCGAUUGCCGCCGCGGUGGGCUACCGCCGCAAGAAACGGCACUCGGCGACAGACAGUAGGCUGAUGCCAAGGCUUGUUUUGACGGACUCCGGCCGGGUCGAGGAGCUCGAGAGUUUCUCCCACUACGUCGCUAGGCAGCUGGGUUUUGGGGACGUAAAUGAGUAUCCUCAGAUGUGCAAAUUAGCAUAUAAUUACCUGAGGAAAACCAAGGGGUGUGAAGACGACAUAUUCGCCUUCUUUGCUAGUGACCCAAAUCCUGAAGCUGUGUAUGUGAAGUUUGUAGAGGAAAUGGACAAGUGUAUACUAGGCUAUUUUGCAUUUCACUGGGAUCAUGCCACUCUCAUGAUUACUAAGGUUUUGACUGCUGAUGGUGAACCCAAAAGGAAGCUGAAAGAUAUGGUCAUGGAGGCUACCAGGAAACAGAGGUUUGAGAGGGUAACUAGAGACCUAAAAGUUGCUAGGGUGUUCUCUACAUUGGUGGAGGAGAUGAAAGCCAUCGGGAUCGCACCAUACGACGAUUCCAAGUGCACCGAUGUGAUGAUCCCUGCAGCCCACAGUGAUCGGAGCCCCGUUCUACUUCUGAUGGGCGGCGGCAUGGGAGCCGGUAAGAGCACCGUCCUUAAGGACAUACUUGAACAAGAUGUGUUUUGGUCGAAGGCGAACGCGGUGAGGGUGGAAGCGGACGCGUUCAAAGAGACGGAUGUCAUCUACCGAGCUAUCAGCUCCAGAGGACACCACAACGACAUGCUCCAAACCGCUGAGCUGGUGCACCAAUCUUCAACAGAUGCUGCCUCAUCCCUCCUUGUGACCGCACUCAACGAGGGCCGGGAUGUGAUCAUGGAUGGCACGCUCUCAUGGGAGCCAUUCGUCGAGCAAACGAUCGCCAUGGCCAGGGCCGUCCACCGCCAGCGCUACCGAAUGGGGGUCGGCUACAAGGUCGACGAAGAUGGGACCAUCACCGAGAACUACUGGGAGCCGGUAGAGGAUGAUGACGAUGACCAUGACCAUGACGGCAGUCAGCCCAACAAGAGGAAGCCUUACAGGAUAGAGCUGAUUGGAGUUGUAUGUGAUGCCUAUCUUGCCGUGGUGAGAGGAAUCAGGAGAGCAAUAAUGAUAAACAGAGCGGUGAGGGUGAAGUCCCAGUUGAAGUCCCACCAGAGAUUUGCCAGUGCCUUCCAAGGAUACUGCGACCUUGUAGACAACGCCAAGCUCUACAGCACCAACACUCUGGGAACCCCCAAGCUAAUAGCUAGGAAAGAUGCGGGCACCGACUUGCUGGUGAACCCUCAAGAAUUCGGCUGCGUGGAGAAGGUGAGCAAAUUGAAUGCGGAAGCUAACUCAAUCCACGAGCUCUAUCCCCGUGGAGACACUACAUGUGGAUCUCGGUCGAUUUGGCAUGAUUUAGUGAUGUCGCCGUCGAGGCAACUCAUCCAGCAAGAACUCAAAGCAGCGGUUCAAAUGGUCGAGGAGCACACCCCGUGAUCUGGUCACCGCGAGGUCCUGGUUGGUGUAACGGUGUUGCUAAGUGUAUUCAAGUCCUUUAUUUACGAAUACUUUCUUGUUAUGUUUCUCCACUCUUUUACAAGUCGCCAGGCAUGAGAGACUCGUUGCAAGCUAAACAGCAGUGCAUGCCGAUGGGUUGGAUGAUCAACGUCUAUCCAUGAGGAUACAUUUAUUAUUUUAUACUAUUUUUGUGGUCGCCAAUCCUGAGAUGUCGACGCGGAUCACCUGGAUGAACCUACGAGACAGUAGACAAAGAUCAAAGCUUGUCAAAUUCGCUUCGUUUGACACUCCGAUGCCAGGCCAAAGAGGAUUUGAGGUGGGAAUGUAGAAAUAUGUUUGUUCGAAUUCUAAAAAUAUACUUCAAGCAAAUAAAAUUGUGAUUUCUUCCUUUA